GCAGGUAAUAUCAGUGAUGGAGUUGAUUGCACACACCUGCGCAUGUUGAUCAGCGGCAGCACGUGCUGUUUACCUCGAGCUCUCAGUGGAGAGAGGCUCUUUAAGUUUUUGUCUGGUUUUGUUGUUUAUAAUGGAAAAACAAAUGCUGAUAUCAGCUGUCCUUGGUUAUUUUCGCACGGUUUUCUUUGUGUUGCUGGUCACCUGCAGCUGCCCGCUGGUCAGAUCCUCUCUGGCUGCCUCCAACGCGCUGCACCACCUGGGUGACUUCACCUAUCCGUACGGCAGCAUCUUCUCUCCGCUGCUCAAGGCCCUGUCGGAGCACGGAGGCUCCAGGUGGAACCCAGGGCUCAGGAAAAAAAUGAAACCAGAGCACAGGUACAUGAAAUAUCUGACGGAGGUUUACAAGAAGUCCUCCAGGGUGCAGAGGAGUUUGGAUGGGAGUGAAAUCUACAACACAAUCCGACUGAUCAAGCCACAAGAGGAAUGUCUUGCACAAAGUAAUAAAGAGAGUUUUACGCAGGAUCUUUCCUACAGUCUUGAUCAAGUCAGAAGAAAAGAACAGCUUCUGAAGUCGACCCUGCUGUACAAUUUCGACCAUGACCUCGCAGCACCUGUCAACUCUGUAUGCUACCUGAGUCUGGGGAAGCAGGAGCACUCAAACCAGUGUCAGCGGUGUCCCGCAGUCCACCACGCUGUGAACUUCACAGUCAGCGCAGAAGGGAGAAGCAGGAGGAACUGGGUGGAGGUUGACGUCACCUCGUUCCUCCGGCCUCUCUUAAAGUUUCAGAAGAAGAACAUACACCUGCUCGUCAAUGUCACCUGCCCAGAGGAGCAAAGAGCCGGUGGCAAUGGGCGCAAAGGCCCGCUGGAGUUCACCCUGAGGUCCCCUCUUCUGCUUCUUUAUCUCAAUGACACCAGCAAAAUCAGCCACCAGAGGUCUCUGGUCAAUGCCAAAGCGGGUCAAAGGCCAUCCGGUGCGGCGAACACGUUUCACAAGCAGAUGGUUUUCAAACCAGAGACGAGGAUGGGGCGAAAGAGGAGAUGGAAGAGGGAAUCUUCAAAGAGCAAACGGGGCGAUAAAAGUCUAGAUAUCCACCUGCCGGAGCUUCUUCCGAGCUCUGAGUUCAAGACAAGUGACUGUGCCUUGUAUGAUUUCCGGGUGCGAUUCAGCCAGCUCAAACUGGAUCACUGGAUUGUUUUUCCACCAAAGUACAACCCCAGGUACUGCAGAGGCAUCUGCCCGACGACCAUCGGCUUCAUCUACGGCUCGCCUGUCCACACCAUGGUGCAAAACAUCAUCUAUGAGAAGCUUGACUCCUCCGUGCCCAGGCCCUCAUGCAUCCCCUCCCAUUACAGCCCCCUGAGCGUCAUGAUCUUUGAAGAGGACGGCUCCUACGUCUACAAGGAGUUUGAAGACAUGGUUGCCACCAGGUGCACUUGUCGCUAAGCCAGCUACCAACAUGUCUGUUCUGUUUUUCCUCCUUUUUUUUUACAGGCUGAAUACCACAAAACCUCUUCGACAGUCAUAACAGGUGGAGUCUGUAUCCAAGCACUGGAUAGUGUGACCAGGCUCAGUGAUUUCAUGAAUUCAUAAAAUCGUUGUGCAUGAAGUUUGAUCUGGAGCAGGUGUGUUUACUUAAUCAAGUGUGUAACAUUUUUUAUCCUUGUGAAAAAAUGUGGAAAGGUCCAUUUAUUUCCUUUUUGUUAAGGCAUGAAAAGAAAGGGUGCCAACGCAUCCUGUUCUUCAUCUUCCUGUUUGCAACAUAGUAUUGAAUCUGACACGAUUGAAGAAAAAAAAUGAGUGUUGUAUGAUUUUGUAUAUUUUUUUUUAAGUUAUAUUUCUGUUAACUUAUUUUGGGUGGGUGGUCUGUCACUAUUAUUUAAUUUGACACAAUUGCCAAGUUUUAAGUAUCCCUGUUCUGGACGGAAGAUGAAAAAGCAGUCACAAACUCUUAUCAAACCUUUUACAUAUUGUUUUAUUCCUGGGGAUUGGAGACAGCAGUCUGAAUAGCAGCUGUCCUCAUAAUGUCCAGAAUGAAAGUUGUCAAGGUUUCAGUGUGUAUUUAUUACUUCUGGUCACUGCGUGACUGCAUAGUAUGAAUUGAGUGUAUACUUAUGAAUUUGUACUGGUUGAAUGUGACUUAAUGCAUGUCCUGUCUAUUUAUGCAUAUUGAAUGAAUUCACUGUGUGUCUGUGCUCAGCUUAGGGAUAUUCAAAAGAGUGAAAAUAUGUAGACAGAUUGUUGGAAAAUAAAAAAUAACAUGCAUACAUGUUAUCUGCAUACA